CUAUAUAUUUACUAUUAUGAGAGUAUUAUUUACUAAAUUUAGUCUUCUUAGAUGUCUUAGAAAUUAAUCAAACCAGAAUCUAGAUGUAGGCCUAGAUAAUAGAUUAAUAGAUAUCUAGAUCUAAAUCUAUCGUGCGUUUUGAGUCUGAAUGCUUAGGUAACUAGAUUCUAAUUUGUGUAGAGUGUAGUGCGAAAUGAAAUAACGCUUCAGAAUGACAUGUUUAAAGAACUUGGUUGGCGUGUCACUGGUGCUGUCAUUUAUUCCCUAUACCUAUUCAUAUCCUGACAUAUUACUUGUCCGGCCUGAUCAGAUUCAUAUCUCCUAUGGCUUAACACCACAACAGAUGGUUAUAACCUGGAGUCAGUUAAGUCAAACAGAAGUUGUUGUGGUAAGAUAUGGAAUUAACAACCUUGAUCAGCAGAAGAUGGGCAACUGCUCAAAGUUUGUGGAUGGGGGUACACAGCGUAGGACACAGUUCAUUUGUAAAGUUACGCUUGAUGACCUUGUCCCAGGCAAAACUUACUCUUAUGUUGUUGGCAAUGAGUUUGAGUUCUCUGACAAAUAUAUUUUUGAAGCAAUGGAAGAUGGCCAAGACUGGAGUCCACGUUUGGCUAUUUAUGGUGACAUGGGCAAUGUUAAUGCUAGGUCAUUGGCAAGACUUGAGCUUGAAGCAUAUAGUGGUGUAUAUGAUGCCAUUCUUCAUGUUGGUGAUUUUGCAUAUGACUUUAAUGAUAUUCAAGGUACUGUGGGAGAUGAAUUUAUGAGACAGAUACAGCCAUUAGCCACAAGAGUACCCUACAUGACAUGUCCAGGAAAUCACGAGGAAGCUUACAAUUUUUCUCACUACAGAAACAGGUUUAAUAUGCCUGGAGAUGAUGGAAAAAUGUAUUACAGCUUCAACAUGGGACCUGUCCACUUUGUGUCUAUUUCUACUGAGCUCAUAUUUUUCUGGUACUAUGGACCAAUGCAAGUUUUUUACCAGUAUGAAUGGCUGAAGAAGGAUCUUGAGAACGCAAAUUUGCCUGAGAAUAGAGCCAAGCAACCUUGGAUAGUUGUGUUUGGUCAUAGACCAAUGUAUUGCUCUAGUGAUGACACAGAUGACUGUACCAAAUUUGAAAGUAUUACCAGAAAAGGAGUACCAGGAUUACAUAUAUUUGGACUUGAAGAUGUUUUAUAUGACAAUGGUGUAGACCUGGCCAUAUGGGCUCAUGAACAUUCCUAUGAGCGUUUAUGGCCUAUAUAUGACAGAAAGGUUAUGAAUGGUAGUUAUGACCAUCCCUACACAGAUGCAAAGGCUCCAAUUCAUAUAAUUACAGGAUCAGCGGGAUGCCGGGAAAAUGUGUCUGGAUUUGUGCCUACACCACCAGAGUGGUCUGCCUUCCACAGCAUGGAUUAUGGCUACACAAGAAUGCACGUCCUCAAUAAAACUCAUAUGUAUCUUGAGCAGGUGUCAGACAUAAAGGAUGGCCAAGUUAUUGAUAAAUUUACUAUAAUCAAGAACUGGCAUGGGUCCUUUGAUAAAUCUGGCAUGAAAAGAGCUCGGGAUCUACCUAAUUCUCUGAUCAAAACUGGAUAUAAUUUAAACAAAGAAACUCACAACCCUUAAUCUAGCCUUAAAGCUAAUCUCUAAAUUACAGUCAUUUAUUGUCAUCUGGCCAAUUUUUUUAAAAGAAUUUCUCUUUCCUGUCCAUUUUAUUUUAUUGCUUGGUUGCAUUUUUCUACUUGAUGAAUUUUUUUCCCAUAGUUUUCAUUGAACUUAAAAUAGAAAUGUAUGCUAUGAUAUGCUGUGGUAAGGAUCUAACUUAAUUAGGUUAAUGGCUGGGUAAACAACAGACCAUAUUAUUCCUUCAUUAGCCAAGGUCACUGAAACAGAUGACCUCUACUUCAUCUAUCCUAUCGACCACCAGGGCCUAAAGAAUAUCUUUUUUACUUUUGAUAUUUUUAAAAGUUACUUUCUUAAGAAAUUUUUCUUUGCUACUUGAAGUUGAGUAUGUUUAUUACACCUGAAUUUGUAAGCUUUUAUUUAGUUUACCAUUUUCUGUUUGGCAAAUCUGGUAACCCACUUCUAAUAUAGCAAUUUCCUUUUUUGAACUUUCCAGAUACCAUUAGUAUCUGGUAAAAUGCAGGAAUCUCUCAUUUUUCAUUCAAUUAGACACAUGAGUCAUUAAAAUUUAAAGAUUAUAAAAUUCUGUAAUAAUAAAUAAAUUUGUGGUGCUUUAAAAAUAAAAAAAUGCAGUAAUCACUUGUUGAUUGCAGAAGUGUC